CUUUUACCACACACUUUACCUUAUUUCGUUGCAUUUUUUCAAACAGGUUAUGAAUUGACACCAAAUUGUUACAACUGCGUGAAUCAUUGAAUUUGACGUAUUACUAUUAUUUAUCGUUUAUCUUAAUAAAUCCAGGAUAGAAUACAUUCGUUCGGACAUAGCAAUUUGCACACAUUUAUGGAAACCUUGUUUAUUGUAUUACCGUUUUGUAGGUGUGAACGUGAUAGACAGCGGGAUUUAAUUUCAUCGUGUAAGUUAAUCUUUCAUUGGGAAUGACUUAUAAACGUAAAAAAUAUCACAGGGGGGACACACAUUUAAAGAAAGGUUGGCGAACUAAAAGAAGAACGAAAGAUUUGGACGAGAUCGAUGAAGAUUUGAAUGAUAAAAAUGUAGAGAGGCUAUUAAAUCAGAAAGUAGACUUGGAUAAACCUGGAGCAGGUCAAUACUACUGUAUUCAUUGCGCGAGAUACUUUAUAAAUGAUAUCGCUUUAAACGAUCAUUUUACAACAAAAGUUCAUAAACGAAGACUGAAAGCUCUUGAGCUGGAACCGUAUUCCAUCGAGGAAUCGGAAAGAGCAGCUGGCAAAGGAAGUUAUAUCGCUCCACAAAAGAGGAAAAUUGAGACGAUAAGUCGUGACAGUUGCAAAAUGGACGUCGAGUCGAACAUUCCGCCAAAAAUAGCAAAAGUGGAUGCAUAGAAAUUAACUUUUU